UCAUAAAACAACAAUCAUUAAUUUGACGUGUAUGUUUUCUUUGGAUAAUGAGGAUAAGUAAAGAAAUUUUUUAAUUAUUUUCUGUGACUACUUCGAUUAAUUACUUGAGAAAAUCAUUACAAAUAUUGUAAAAAUGAGCACUUUCGAUUCGAAAUAUGAUAUGUAUCCAGCUGGCGAUGUCGGUGUGGUUGAAGGGGAAAUGAAUAUACCCUCUCAGGGUGCCCCGUCUGGUGAUGCAAUGGAAUUUAACACUCUCGAUGAACCUAUCAAAGAGACAUUUAUGCGUGAUCUCAGAGCAGUCGGAAAUAAGUUUUACCAUGUCCUAAUACCCAGAGAAAAGACUAGUUUAUUAAAAGAAUGGGAUUUAUGGGGACCGUUAUUAUUAUGUACACUGAUGGCGACCAUCCUCCAAGGGUCGACACAGAGAGCAGACAACUCGAAUGAUGGUGGACCAGAAUUUGCUGAAGUAUUUGUCCUAGUGUGGAUAGGAGCAGCUAUUGUCACUAUCAAUUCUAAACUAUUAGGUGGCAACAUAUCAUUCUUCCAGUCAGUGUGUGUACUGGGCUACUGUUUAUUUCCGGUAGCGCUGGCGCUGGUCGUCUGCCGUUUGAUACUCUUCGCUACACAGACUACCUUUCUGUUCUUCCUGAGGUUGAUCAUAUCAAUGACCGGAUUUGUUUGGGCCACAUUUGCUGCAACCAAAUUUCUCGGGGAUAGUCAGCCUCCAGGAAAAAAGGCGCUCGCUGUGUACCCCAUAUGCCUGUUCUACUUCAUCCUAUCGUGGUUGGUCGUUUCACACAGCAACGUGUAGAGAACACGCACACAUGGACAAUAUAGUCAUUGUAUUUAUUAUUGUGAUACGAACUUUUUAGUGUAAUUUUGUGAAUAGAUGUUAGUUAAGGCUGUUUGUAAAGUUGACUGUAAGUAUUCCUUGUUCGAAUGUGUAUGAUUUAUUUUUCGAACUAGUAUGGUAAUGUCUAAUACAUAAAAGGCGUCAUUCUUAAGUCACUUUAAACAAUGACAUCCCUUUUUAAAUUGCCGAUGUUGCCAUGUUGCAUACUUGGCAUAAAUAGUAGACAAUCUUGGCAUUAAUUUUUAUCAAAAUUAGUGUUUUAAACUAAUAACUAAAAAAAAAAAAGUUUUUGUAUUGAUUGUAUUUUUUUGGCUAUUUUAUUUUAAAUUACUAAUUAUGCCAAGUAUAAAAAAUAUAUAUAUAAAUUAUAAUCAGUAAUUUUUAUUCCUAUUUAUUUGAUAUCUCGUGUUACUGUUUUGGUGAAAUUGGAACAUUCCAAACUUGUAAUAUAUUAUUCCGAAUUAUGUGACUACUUCUGCUUGUCUCCACAUUUGUAUAAAACUGUUGAUGAUAAUUAUUGUGGUGGGGAUAGAUGGUGUCAAUUCUUAAAGUCAUUAUUUAUAAAAAUGCAAUACAAGGACCCAAUAACCAAUAACAGCUGAGCGCAUGUCGUUGAAAAGCUCUUUUUAUGAUUGCCAUUUAUUAUCUAAAAUUAUUCAGGGAAGUUCCUAACAAUUUUUUUAAUUACCUCUUAAAGCUUCCUUUUUUUUAUACAACUUAGAAUGGCAACAAGCUGACGGCCCACCUGAUGGAAAGUGGUAACCAUCGCCUAUAGACAUGAGUAAAAAGACUUAAUUGUCAACGAUUAUGUCAAUAUUAAAUAAUGUCUCAUUGUUAUUGGUGCUGGGGACUCGUUCCUAAUAUUUUGGAUCGUUUCUCUUAUAUCUCUAAAAUUCAUUCAUUCUAGAGAUUAUUUACAGCAAUUAUGCUUUAAAUAUUCUCUAUAAGUAUUAACUUUCCGCUAGCGUCAUUUUAUAUUUAGUAUCUCUAAUUUUAGUGAAUUUUAAAGAUAGAUUUAAAUAAUGAAUUUAUAGAAUGUACGACAAUAUCCCCCCGCUGUCCCCAUGUGGUGAGGUCAAUUGGGGACAAUAGCGAUACUGCACGGGGACAACGGAGCUGGGCACGUGAAGGCAAUGAAGGAUGCAUUUUGUAUAUACUAUUAAUUAAAAGACUAUUUUCCGUCUA